GACUCCAUGGCACGGUCUCCCCUUUAUUCAAUCUUUGGUGAAACCAUUGCUGGAGCACCUAUCCUUCGAGCUUUUGGUGCUUCAUCAAAGUUUUUGCGAGACAUGCUUCGUUGCGUCGAUACAAAUAUAAACCCGUACUAUUGGCAAUGA